AUGAUAUUGUUAACUCUACUCCGAACAUUAACAGUUAUUACCAGAAUAAUAAACAAAUCUAUUGAAACAAGUGUAUUCCCAAAGCAAUGGAAAGUAGCUUUAGUAAAACCGACUCCCAAAAAGCCGCAUCCAAAUGAAUACAAGGAUCUUCGUCCUAUAAGUAUCCUGCCCUUUAUGUCAAAAAUUCUGGAAAGAGUAGUCUGUACACAAAUGACGGAGUAUCUUGAGGCUAAUAAUAUUCUGCCUAAAAAGCAAUCUGGAUUCAGAAAGUCUCGUAGCACUGCAACCGCUCUGAUGGAUGUAGUGGAUGAUAUUUUGUCUGCACAAGAUGUUGGAGAGGGUACUCUGUUAGUUUUGCUUGACUUUUCCCGAGCUUUUGAUACUAUUAACACCACUCUACUCUUAUCAAAACUGGCUUAUUACGGAUUUGAUAAUUUAACAAUAAAAUGGUUUGCAAGUUACCUCACUAGUCGUACACAAUUUGUUAAAAUAAAUAAAAACAAUGGAUCAGAAUGUAUAUCUACCACGUUGCCAGUUCCAUGA